AUGCCUGAAUCAAACCCAAAUACCGCGUCUGAGGAUGAAUAUGACUUAAGGCAAUGCGCCGAAUGGCUAAACAGAUGUCGGAUUAUUCCUGAUGACCAUCCAACCCUUAUGCCUGACGGAUGUGGAUUACAGUUGGUUCAAACGCUCAUGGAUGGCGUCAAAAUUUGCCUUCUCCUUAACACCUUGACUAAUGGCGAGGUCGAUCCUCGUAAAAUGAAAGAUUUCAGUCCGCAAACCCAACAAUCUCCAUUUUUAUGCUGUCAAAACAUCAGAUUGUUUGUUAAGCUUUGCGAGGAGGAAUUCGGGAUCGAAAAGAAGUAUCUUAUCGAACCCAGCGACUUGUACCACGCCAAAAAUUUCGGAAAGGUUAUUGAACUCUUAUCGAGAUUGUCACGAUGUCCUCGAGCUCAGCUCUCAGGAAUCUCGGAGGACAUGCAGAUUGCAGCAGAUUCCAAUUACGCUGAUAUGGAUGAAGAUACCAAUGAGAUUCAACCUGAAGAUGAGCCAACUUCUCCGCGAUCAUUUUGUAUAAAAGAGAUUGUUACGACUGAGAAAAAUUAUGUCGAUGUGUUGAAAAUGCUCAUUGAGAAAUAUAAGUGGCCUCUUUCAAAGUGUCUUUCUUCACAGGAAUUGGAAGAAAUUUUCAAGUAUAUAGAGGAUCUUCAUUGUAUUCAUCGGGAACUCUUGUCCAACUUGAGUCUUGCAGUCAGUACCACUUUAGCUGUAAUGACUCUCGGAGAGGUUUUCAUCAAAAUCCGUGAUCGGCUGCUCAUUUAUGGAGAGUACUGUGGUCAUGUCCAGAAAGCCCAAACCCUGGUCUUGGAAAUCACUAAAAAUGAUAUUGAAAAACGAUCGAAGAUUCAGGAUUGUCAAGCACAAUCGGAUAACUAUAGUAAAUUCCACCUUACGGAGCUCUUAACUGUCCCUAUGCAGAGAGUGCUAAAAUAUCAUCUUCUAUUAGAGCAACUGUGUAAAUUAACAGACGAUGACCAUCCCGAAAAACCGGAGUUACAAACUGCUUUGGAUGGCAUGCGAGAAUUGGCUCAAACAAUUAACGAAGUCAAACGCGAUUUGGACGUUAUCAGUGCAAUUGAUCAAAUUCAAGCUAGCCUUCUGGAAAUUACCUUGGUCAAUCUUACAUGUGGAAUUCUUCAUAUUCCCACCUGA